GACGCCACAGUGCUCACGACAUCCACAUAUAACAAUGGAGGCUCUGCUACAGAACGAGCUGAUGCUCAAGAGCGGCGAGGUGGUGCCUACGUCACAGGCGCUGGCCGGCAAGAAAGUCGUCGGACUGUACUUCAGCGGCCACUACUGCCCGCCGUGCCGAAAGUUCACGCCGCUACUGGACGUGGUCUACAACGACAUCAAGGGAGCUGGCCACGAAGAUUUCGAGAUCGUUUUCGUUUCUUCGGACAAGGAAGAGGCCAAGUUCACUGAGUACUACGAGGAGAUGCCGUGGAUUGCGCUGCUUUACGCUCGCCGUGACCUUAAGCUCGAGCUAUGCGAGAAGUUUGGCGUCAAGACGGUGCCCACGCUCAUUUUCUUCAACGAGAAGGGCGAGGUGGUGGAACGCGAGGGCCGCUACUUUGUCACGGACCACUCCGAUGAUAUCGACGUCAUCCUUGCACACCUCCGGCAGGAAAAGAAGGAGUAAAGGGAUUCGACAAUUUAGUUUGCAUUCUCAUUUUGUAAAACAGUUUUUCGGAUAGCUAACGAUCAAUUCAAUUCCAUUUUGCUCUGCAAGAGCAACGUCCAUUUUGCACUCAA